CGAGUUACCUUUUAACGAUCACCGUUUUCCUGUGAAAGGUUUAACCGGAAGUUUGCUGUUGCUGAGAAACCGGGUUGUAAACGUCUUGCUUUAGCUAGAGUCGUUUAAAGGCCGCAAAAAGAAAAAAUCAAACAAAGUAAUCUGGACCAGUGUUUGUAGAUCUAAAUAUGUCAAACCGGGAUCCUUUCCCCUCUCCGAGGGUAGAAAACGACCUCACUCUCUGCGGCUACAGGCCGCAGCAGAAAAAAACAUACAAUAAACCAACUCACAUCGCCCAGACUGAGGAACCUUGGAGUCGCCUCCACGACACAGCCACUGUGUCCAGCACCCAGCGGAGUAUUUUGAACUGUACACAGACUCCAAACGACAGCCUCGACCUUCAGCUAAACGCGGUCUACGAUCACCACAAGAACUGCUUCUGGAGCAAGAACCAGAUUUUGUACCAGAAGGAGACUGUCUCUGAAGACCACAGGAAAGAGGCAAACUUAGAGAUGGAGGAAGCAGAAAGUGGAAUCACAGUGUGGGUCGACAAACAGCUAGGCGCUCUAUUCGCAUCAGCUGACACACAGGCGUCUUCAGACAGGGGCUGCUCUACAAAGCACAAGAACUUCAGCUCCGCAUGAAGCUUCAAGAGCUAACAUCUCUAACAACUGCUGACCUCGGCCCUGGAAAUAAACGAGUUCUUUCAAUGCUUCUUUA